UUCCUAAUGUUGCUCAUACUCUUGGGCGGCCCAGUUCGUAUUCGUCGUAGCCGUGACUAACAGCAACCGUUUUGUGCGAUAGUUUUUCUCAGUUGUAAACGAUAAGUGAUUGGAUCAGUGAAUCUUUGGAGUGUAAGAAGUGCCUUACAAUUGAACGUUGUUAUAAAGUGACGAUUCGGUAGUUUCUAUUAGUGAGUGCGUUUGGUGAAGGCACAUUUUUGUUAGCGAUUUACCAUGGCUCCAAAGGAUGAUCCAGAGGUAGCUGCCCUGAAGAAGGAGAUCAACGACUUAAUAGCGAAAAUGAAGGAAGAGCAAAAGAAAGCGGCGGACUGUACGCUUCAGGAAAAAUGUUCGGAUAUGUCCGAUGUCCCAAAGGUACGCAUCAGCACGAAAAAGUUUCUCAAAGGACACAUCAACAAGGUCAACUCGGUGCACUAUGCGGGCGAUUCGCGGCACUGCGUCACUGGAUCACUGGACGGCAAACUCAUCAUCUGGGACACCUGGACCGGGAACAAGGUUCAGGUCAUACCUCUACGCUCGGCAUGGGUCAUGAGUGUGGCCUACGCCGAGUCGGGAAAUUUCGUUGCGUGUGGUGGUAUGGACAAUAUGUGUACAGUUUAUGAUCUAAACAAUCGCGAUGCUCAAGGAAAUGCCAAAAUUGUGCGGGAGUUGGCUGGGUAUGAAGGUUUCCUUAGCUCGUGUCGCUUCCUGGACGAUACCCACGUGCUCACCGGGUCCGGAGAUAUGAAAAUUUGCAUAUGGGACCUUCAGGUGGGGAAGAAGACAUCCGAGUUUGACGCCCACGCCGGAGACGUGGUAUCGAUUUCUCUCAGUCCAGACAAGAACACAUAUGUGACGGGCUCCGUCGACAGGACCUGCAAACUGUGGGAUGUGCGAGAGUCGACACCGAAGCAGACGUUUUUCGGACACGAAGCUGAUGUGAACAGUGUCUCGUAUCAUCCAAGUGGAUUCGGAUUCGCAACAGGCUCGGAGGACAAGACGGCUCGUCUGUUUGACUUCCGAUCUGAUCAGCAGAUUGGACAUUACGAACCGCCGAAUAAGAACAGUGGAUUCACGUCAUGUGCUUUAUCGUUGAGCGGAAGAUACAUACUAUGCGGAUCGGACGACAACAACGUUCACAUUUGGGACACUAUGAAAGGACAGCAUAACAGCACUCUGAGCGGUCACGAGAACCGCGUCACAUCGAUCUGCAUGGCUCCGAAUGGGAUGGCUUUGGCAUCCUGCAGCUGGGAUCAACACGUUCGCAUCUGGGUGUAAACUCUCUGUGAAUCGAACAGUCGAGGACAGUCGGAUCGAUAUCUACAAUGAAGAACCAUUGCAUGUUAUUGAUAUCUAUUUUUGGUGACUUUGUCAUGUUCUUUCUAAUUUUUGAAACUUCCUUUGAAAUCAUGGAAGCAAUAAGAAUUAUUACACCGCCUUAAUCGUAAGCUUAA